AAAGGCUGUGUGGUGAACUCUUAAAACCCUGUUCUCAUAUAGCUAUCUAAGACUAUUUAUUUCGCGAAUUUAACAGCAAAUCUUGUCGAUUCUAGUGUUGUUGACAGGGGUCGGAGGAAUGCGUUGUAGGAACGUCAUAAUUGUGUUGUCGAGUGUAAGAAGCUGAUUGGCUGUUGCCAGUGUGACGGGGGUUCUUGUCCCAGAUCGCAGGGGUUAGACAAUAAGGAUCCAAACAGCAACAUUUCCAUUAAUAACACAGCAUAGAUGGGAUUUUUCUCUCUGUAAUUUCAAGCAGCUGGCGCUAAUACACAUACAACUGUUAUAAUUAUAUGAGACGACUUAAUAAUUAUUCUUAUUUAUUUAAUAACUUAGAUCAAAUCAAAUAAAUCCCAGAAAAAAGAUUCUGACUUUUUUAGCAAAGAAAUGGUGAUGGAGAAGCCCAGUCCCCUGCUGGUAGGGCGGGAGUUUGUGAGACAGUAUUACACACUUCUCAACAAAGCGCCAGACUUUCUGCACAGAUUUUAUGGACGAAACUCAUCCUAUGUCCAUGGUGGACUGGAUUCGAAUGGAAAGCUUUCAGAAGCAGUCUAUGGGCAAGCUGAGAUACAUAAGAAGGUAAUGUCCCUGCAAUUCAGUGAGUGCCACACAAAAAUCCGGCAUGUGGAUGCCCAUGCCACUCUGAGUGAUGGUGUGGUUGUCCAGGUCAUGGGAGAACUUUCCAAUAAUGGACAGCCCAUGAGGAAGUUCCUACAGACAUUUGUGCUGGCCCCAGAGGGUUCUGUGGCAAAUAAGUUUUAUGUUCACAACGACAUCUUCCGAUAUGAAGAUGAGGUCUUUGGGGACUCGGAGGCUGAGCUUGAUGAAGAGUCAGAAGAAGAGACAGAUGAGCCAGAAGACAGGCAGCCAUCACCCGAACCCCUCCAGGACAGCCCCAGUAAUGCAAACUGUUAUGAACCCCAUCCUGUGAGCUGUAACAAUGGUGUAGAAGAAGCUCAUGAAGAAGCAGUUCUGGAGCUAGAAUCGGAAGUUGCCCCAGAACCCAAGAUUGAGGAGCCAAAGCUCAAGGCAGAAGAGAAGGUUGUAGAGGAGUUUGAGGAGAAGGCGCCGUCUCCUGUUCCUAUGGAAUCACCACCUAACAUACAAGAACCACCUAAAACUUCUUCUUGGGCCUCUGUGACCAGCAAAAAUUUGCCUCUCAGUGGGACUGUUCCAUCCUCUGGAGGUCAACCACAUGUUGUUAAAGCAUCAAACUCACAGCCCAGAGUUGAGACCAAGCCAGAGGUGUCAUCCGCUACAAUCCGUCCACGUGACCAGCGCAUCCGUGACAGACCUUCAGUAACCUCAAGAGGGCCUAGAUCUGAUGGAAUCUCAUCUUCCGAAUCUCAAACUGGGAAACCACAUUUCAGCUUUGUAAAUAAAGGAAGGGGUGAUGAGUCAAGUGAAAUGGACAGCAGAAGGGUUGUCAGGUAUCCAGACAGUCAUCAGCUGUUUGUUGGAAAUCUCCCUCAUGACAUUGAUGAGAGUGAACUUAAAGACUUCUUCAUGACAUUUGGAAAUGUUGUUGAGUUACGGAUCAACACCAAAAGCACUGGAGGAAAGAUUCCCAACUUUGGCUUUGUUGUCUUUGAUGAUUCUGAGCCGGUGCAAAGAAUUUUAGGAGUCAAACCGAUCAUGUUCCGUGGUGAGGUACGUCUGAACGUGGAGGAGAAAAAGACGAGGGCAAUGCGUGAGCGGGAAACCCGUAGUGGAGGUGGAGAAGAUCGUCGGGAUGCAAGACGUAGUGAUCGUGGUCCAGGAGGGCCGCGUGGCAUUGCUGGAAGCAGCAUGAUGCGAGACCGUGAUGGCAGAGGCCCACCUUCACGUGUUGCUACCAUACCUAAACCAAGCGUCGCUUCUGGGAGGGGCAUGGCUUCAAGUGAGGGCCGUUUUACUGCUCAGAGGCGUUGAGAGGAUCUCCCCUUGUAGUUCGGAAGUAGUACAAUGUUCAUUUAUUAUGAUAUUGAGAAGUCUAUGUAAAAACAUAUACAUACUUCAGUUUUUGUUUUUUAUUUCCUUACUCCUUAUGUUGUACACUUGCAUUUUUGCCUUCGGAAUGUCAGCUGUUUCAUGUGAAACAGAUCAACAACUUGAACAACCUAAUGACUCAAAACACACGAUUCACUUUAAAUUGGAAUUGUGCUGCAGAUCCUCUGGUUUGUCAUUUAUAAAUGGUAACAAUUACAAACUUUCUGGGGAAACAAGUCAGGUGUUUUCAGUGCCACUAGUAUUUCUGACAUUUCGUACUAGAUUACCUUCCAGUUGCUAAUGGUGUAAAAUUUGCAGAUUGAAAGAUGGCCUAUUCAAUUUUUUUCAGGCUACAUAUUAUUUAGGAAAUUACACUAAUCAGCUCAUUGAUAAGAUAAAGGCUACCUGUAGGCGUAAUUGCGAAUUAACAGUAUUUCAUUUAACUGUAUUGAACUGUCAUGAAAGAAGAAAAAGAAAGGCUUUAAUUCUGUGAUCUGAAAGACAGUGAGAGUGGAGACAAGAUUGUGUCCUCUCCUGUUCUGUUUAUGUUUAUGUAUUUUUUUUUUUUAAUGUACAGAUUUGACAGCAUUUUAUGUUCUGGUUUUGCCUGAAUAAGUGAAUGGAGCAGCAAUAGAAGAAAUUGUAAAGUGGAAAGGUACCAGGAUUUUUGUGUAAAUGUGUUUUGGAUUUAUGCUGAAUGUUUUUCUUAAGGCAGAGUCACUUUAUCAAAUUUCAUUUUUCCCCCAGUUUUCAUAACUUUAAUCAAAUUUUGUGACACGAGUUUCAGUUUACAUCCUAGCCAUUGUUCUUUUUUAAAAUUAAAACAUGACAGUAUUUAUACAGGGUACAGAGAAACCUUGCUGGUGUAUUUCUGACUUUCCCAAACUGACUAGUUUUGCAUUCAUUUUUUAAAUUGAAAUAUAAUUAUUAAUAGCAUUUUAAAUAGCACUGAUUAGAAAAAUAGUUUGUCAAAAUGCUUAUUGUAAAUCUGUUUUUCCAAACACACAUGAGUUGUAAGAGACUUCAUUAAUGUACAUUUUGUACUUUUUUUAUGCCUUUUUGGGGGGAAGCAUUUUCUGCUGUGGGUUUUUUUUAUAUAUAUAUAUAGAUCUAUUUGAUUGAUAUCCAUACCCAUUUUCGCCUUGGUCAUAAUGAGGAACAUGUGAAUCCCAUUCUUCAUGAAUUGGAGGAACCAUAAGUACAGUAGGCACUGUUUUCAUUUUGCAGUGUUACUCAGUCUAAAAUUUGCACUGAUUUUGUAAGUACAGUUUGAUGUAGCGCUAUUUUUGAUGUUUAACGUCUUCCGUGUCAGGUAGAUUGCACUAUUUGCAGUAUUUCUAGGACAAUCCUCAUCAGGGACAUUGCAUUACUUCUUUUUUUUCUUUCUUUUUUCUCUUCCAUUUUUUUGGGGACGACUUGGUUCUCUAUAAAAAGAGAUUUUGGUUGCAGAUUCAUUUACUUUUGGAAGAUUUUGGAAGAAAGUAUGCCAAUAAGUCCUGCCUAGAGCCUUCUUUGCCCAUCCGCUCUACCUAGUUCUUACGUGUUCUGAGUUUGGGACCUGGAACGUUUUAAUUACUGUGUAAAUAAAUGCCACAAUGGCCUUUCUAUUUAGACUUCAAGCACUUCGAUCAGCCAAAUACUUUGAACGUUUGGAUUACAAGAGAGAAAAAGAAGACAUUACACCAUAGGGCUUGGUCAAAUAACUGUGCUUUUCAACCCAAAAUAUGCAUCAGACUUUGAUUUGUUUCAUUUGUUCAUAUCAUUUAAUCAGGUUCUUUUAACCGUCUAAUCUUAAUGUGAAAUAUUUUCUUUGGCUUCUUGCAGUUAUUGUGACAUUUAUAGAUGCUCUGUUUAUAGAUGUAGUUUAUUUUGGUGGAACAAGAACAUGGUUUUGUAUUAGCAGGUGGUUGCCAAAUUAUUUUCUUUGGACUGCAUAUUUGUAUGAGUAAAACAUGUUGCAACUGGGUGUUUAUUUAUUACUGUUUUUUUUUUUUUUUUUUUUUUUUUUAUAUUUUUAUUUCAUUUUCAUUAAAUUUCAUUGUGUUAGACUUGACAUACAAUAAACAGAAAUCUGUGCUGUUCAGUGCAA